GAAAGAAAAUUUCGGGUGUAUCGCAUACAAAUAUGAAAUCGUAAAAUACGAAUGGAAAGUUAUUCAAUGCUAAUAGAAAGUAAUAAACAAAUGGAGAAAAUUAAAAAUAAACAAUAAAUAAAAAGUUAUAGAAUACAAAUAAAAAUAUAUUUUUGUAAAUAAACGGGGUUUUGUCUGAAUCUGUUUACACGCAGUUUUAAUUUUUGUGGUUUUCAAGUCUUUUCUAAUGAAUUAAUGGCUAGGUUACAUUUACUUCAGUUUUUCCUACAGUAAAUUUAGUGAAAAUUUAACUGCUCUGAAAAUAAAGCUGUAGGCUAAACCGGUUUCCUACUUAGUAUUUCAAAUGGUUGAUUGCAUAUUGUUUUACGUCCCUCUCGAGAAUAUUUCACUCAUAUGGAGACGUCACCACAGUCGUUGAAGGGCUGCAAAAUUUAGGCCUAUGCUCGGCGCUUAUGGCCAUUGAGCAGGGAGGAAUCUUUAUCGAGCCACACCUGCUGAUUUUGCGGUCUCAUCCGAAGGACCGCCCCAUUGAGUCGCCUUUUACGACAAGCAAGGGGGUAGUGAGGACCUCUUCUAACCCGGAUCCCCACGGGAUUAUUUCAAAUGGACAUACAUGGGCAGUACUAACUGGAAACAACCUUGACCUGUUUGAAUUUGAACAGGCCUUAUCAAAGCGCCUGCCUGAUGGUUGCUGGAUUGACGGGACGGAUGCCCUCGUGGAGGGUGAGUGGGUGUGGACGACCACAGGCAAAGCCAUAUCGACAGAGGAUUACCAGAAGUGGUUCCCUGGGGAGCCAAACUCUCUAGGCAGAUCCGGAGAGGACUGUCUGGACCUCCUUCACCAUGAAAAAUACAGUUGGAAUGAUGAGAGAUGUGAAGUCAUGAACAACUUCUUGUGCGAAACAAGUGCUACUGAUGACGGAAUAAAUGUGGGAUAAACCCCAGAAAUCAUGUCGGACUCAAAAUAAAUGCUUCAAUAUCUGUCAA